AGAGAGAGAGAGAGAGAGCGAGAGAAUGAGAGAGCGAGAAUGAGAAUGAGAGAGAGAGAGAGCGAGAAUGAGAGAGAGAGAGAGAGAGAGAAUGAGAGAGAGAGCGAGAAUGAGAGAGAGAGAGAGAGAGCGAGAAUGAGAGAGAGAUAGAGCGAGAAUGAGAGAGAGAGAGAGAGAGAGAGAGAAUGAGAGAGCGAGAAUGAGAAUGAGAGAGAGAGAGAGCGAGAAUGAGAGAGAGAGAGAGAAUGAGAGAGAGAGCGAGAAUGAGAGAGAGAGAGAGAGAAUGAGAAUGAGAGAGAGAGAGCGAGAAUGAGAGAGAGAGAGAGAGCGAGAAUGAGAGAGAGAGAGAGAGAGAGAGAGGGAGAGGGAGAGAGAGAGAGAGAGAGAGAGAGAGAGGGAGAGAGAGAGAGAGAGCACAGAAGCAACAGUCUAUCAGCAGAAGCGAGGAGAGGAAGCAACGAAACAAUAUCUCUGCUGGAUUUCAAAUCGCAUUAAUCAAUAAAAUAAAUAAACAGAAUUAUUUACCGUGAUGCAAACGACACGCAGAGACUACGAGACCGCGCCUUUUUAGUUGUUGCUGUUGUUCUGGAAAUUAAGCGGCUGAGGUGACUAAUUAAAAAAAAAACAGAGAGAAAGAAAGAAGCGAAAGAAAAAGAAAAAAGCAACGGAUGUGUAUUAAAACGUUGAAAGCAAGAGCGGCCAUAAAAGAUCAUUCAAAAAUAAACAGACAGAGACCGAAGGAGCGAGAAGAGAGACGGAUUUAUCUGAGCUACAACAACGCGCGAGGAUACACACACACAAAGCUAAGGCUGGAUAUUUUGUAUCUGUACAUAUGUAUGUAUGUAUAUCUGUGUGCAUGUAGAUGUGUGUGUGCGCGCAAAGGAGAGAGAGCCUUAAAGACAAUACAGCACGUACCUGAACUUAACUUAUAAGCGAACUCACUACAGACCUUGGAGUUCAUAGGUGUGGUCAAGCAACCGCUCCGGAUGUAUCCUUUACCGGAGAGGGCUUUUACUAUCUUCAAUCAAGCACCGAGACUGACGGAAACUAAAUAGGAGGACCCCCCCUUAUCCACCCCUACCCCCCUCCCCUCCCCCCUUCACCCACCCCUCUCCUCCGAUAUCCCCAAAAAAAUGGACAGCGCGGAGCAGCUGGGGCAAGAGGCACCGAAGCAGCCGUCUUUCACCACCCUCCUCCCCCCUUCUCCGUCCCCUCAUCACCACCAACAGAUGCCGCCAGGGGAGAAGAGCCUGCAAGCGCCGUCAGUGCUCCAGCAACAGCACCCGUUGGCCCCCCCCGUCGGCCCGCUGGGCAACCAUCAGCCCCAGACUCCCGCCUCCGCCCCAGCCGUUUCGUCCCCUCCCGGCUGCAGCUGCGGACUCGGGGGGCUGAGCUUCGGGGGUCUCGGUAGGGGGCUAGGGGCAGGGGGCCUCCACCAGCUUCUCAGCAACUCCACAUCUGCCUCUUCCAGCAACGCGUCUCCAGCCCUGCCUCGGUCAUUCGGGGUCCCGCACCCGCUCCAGCUCCCUCUGCUCAACUCCCCGUGCUUCGGUUCUCAAAACGCGCUCCACCCUUUGUCCAGCCGGCCCGGGAGCCAGCAAAACCUGAGCGACUUCCAGCUGCACCACCCUCCUCAUCAUCACUCGACCGGCCUGUCCCCGACCUCUGGGGCUGGAGAGAGGCUGUGCGGGGGAGGAGGGGUAGGGGGUGGGAUUGGAGGGGUAUGCAGCGGUGGCGGAUGCACUACGGGCAAACACAGGCAAGCCAGCCCCCAGGUCCAGCGGCGGGACAGUAACCCCUUCACGGAGAUAGCCAUGAGUUCUUGCAAGUAUAGCGGAGGGGUGAUGAAGCCUCUCAGCCGACUCAGUGCCUCCCGGAGAAACCUCAUCGAAUCCGAGCCCGAAUCUCAGCCCAUGCAGGCGCUGGGCUCUGGGGUGCGGGCUGGAGGGAGCAGCAGCACCCCCGAGAUCGUCAUCUCGUCCAAAGAGGAGCUCCGUCCGAUCCUCAACGCCAGUCAAAGCCACAAUAGUCAGAAUCACACCGGCGGGCCCGGGAGCGGCGCUGGCAGCGGCUCGAAUUCCACCGGUACCGUCACCCAGGGCACCGCCGCCUCCAACAACCGGGGCGGCAGCAGCUACUCCAAAGCCAACAAGAGAAAAAACCAAAACGUGGGCUACAAGCUGGGCCGCCGGCGAACCUUGUUCGAGAAACGGAAACGGCUCAGCGACUACGCGCUGAUUUUUGGGAUGUUUGGCAUCGUCGUCAUGGUGAUCGAGACCGAACUGUCGUGGGGCGUUUAUACCAAGGGCUCCAUGUAUUCCUUGGCUCUGAAGUGUCUGAUCAGCCUGUCGACGGUGAUCCUGCUGGGGCUCAUCGUGGCUUACCAUGCAAGGGAGGUGCAGCUCUUCUUGAUCGACAACGGCGCUGAUGACUGGCGCAUCGCCAUGACGUACCAGCGCAUCUUCCUGAUCUCCCUGGAGAUGCUGGUGUGUGCUGUGCACCCCAUCCCGGGGCAGUACCGCUUCCUGUGGAGGGCGCGGCUCGCCUUCUCCUACACCCCGUCCCAUGCUGAUGCUGACGUGGACAUCUUCCUGGCCAUCCCCAUGUUCCUGCGGCUGUACCUCAUCGCCAGGGUCAUGCUUCUCCACAGCAAGCUCUUCACAGACGCCUCUUCACGCAGCAUCGGGGCGCUCAACAAGAUCAACUUCAACACCAGAUUCGUGAUGAAGACCCUCAUGACAAUCUGUCCCGGGACAGUGCUCCUGGUCUUCAGCAUCUCACUGUGGAUCAUUGCAGCCUGGACUGUGAGGGUGUGUGAGAGGUACCAUGACAACCAGGAUGUGACAAGCAACUUCCUGGGAGCCAUGUGGCUGAUCUCCAUCACCUUCCUGUCCAUCGGAUACGGAGACAUGGUCCCGCACACCUACUGUGGCAAGGGGGUGUGCCUGCUCACGGGCAUCAUGGGGGCAGGGUGCACAGCGCUGGUGGUGGCCGUGGUUGCUAGGAAACUGGAGCUCACGAAGGCAGAGAAACACGUGCACAACUUUAUGAUGGACACGCAGCUCACCAAACGGAUUAAGAACGCAGCGGCGAACGUCCUGAGGGAGACCUGGCUGAUCUACAAGCACACGAAACUGAUCAAGAAGAUCGACCACAGCAGAGUCAGGAAGCACCAGAGGAAAUUUCUACAAGCGAUUCACCAGCUCCGUGAUGUAAAGAUGGAGCAGAGGAAGCUCACUGAUCAAGCCAACACGCUCGUGGACCUGUCUAAGAUGCAGAGCGUCAUGUAUGACCUGAUCUCAGAGCUGCACGAGCGCAGUGAGGACCUGGAGAAGCAGCUGGAGGGUCUGGAGCACAAGCUGGAGCAGCUGGGCUGUGGAUUCAGCUCCCUGCCGGGGCUCCUCUCCGAGUCCAUGAGGCUGCAGCAAGCAGAGAUCCUGAGAGCCAUCGCGGAGAGCAGGGCCACGGGGGCCCUCUCCUCGCUCUCCGACAGCACCCUGGCCUCGAACCCCACUCCCCGCACCACCUCCAGCAGCUGCUAGCCUCCAGAGACUCACGCGAAGGAGGAGGGACAGCGUCAUGGAACAAGGACGCAGUCAGGAGGCUCCGAAUCCCGGCUCAGUGGAUAAAGAGAGUCUGGAAAGCGACUCAUUGCAUCAAUUAAAAAAAUAAUAAUAACGAUCUCGCUGGAUAUCGCGGGUGGGGGGGUGGAAUGGGGGGGGGGGGGGCUUUCUUUCUGAAACGACAGUGGAAUAUAAACACGCCCCUUCCCCACCCCCCACCCCCCCACACUGACUCCAGUGGGCUUCUCCGAGGGGAAGACGCAGGGUUAUUUUUUUUUAUUGUAGUUUCUUGCCCCACGACCGACGACAUGAAAUUAAAAAUAAGAACCUUUUUGUUUUGUUUGUUUGUUUUUUUUAUACAAAGACAAAAGGCAAAGAAAAUGUUCGCAGAUCUCCUUCUACAAACAGCCAAGUAAUACAAUGAAAACGACCGGAUCCAGCUGAAAGACAAUCCGCUGGGGCUGCGUUUGCUGGUUGGGAUAUUUUAAAUGUCGAUAAUAAUCAUAAUCAUAAUCAUAAUAAAAACAUAAGGUUUUUUACUAUAUAAAAAUAUAUAUAUAUAUAUAUAUAUCAAAACCAAAUAUUGGCCUCCCUCUUGAAUUUAUAGACGAGACGCCCCUGCAAGUUUCUCCAGGGGCUGCGGGGCUCAGAGAUGGAGGUGAGUCUGUAUCUCUAUACACAGCAAAUGAAGAUCACUGAAUAAGAAAGAACAGACAGACAGACAGACAGACAGACAGAGAGACAGACAGACAGACAGACAGACAGGCAGACAGACAGACAGACAUAGAGACACACAGACAGACAGAGAGAGAGACAGACAGACAGACAGACAGACAGACAGACAGACAGACAUAGAGACACACAGACAGACAGAGAGAGAGAGAGACAGACAGGCAGACAGACAGACAGACAUAGAGACACACAGACAGACAGAGAGAGAGAGACACAGACAGACAGACAGACAUACAGACAGACAGAGAGACAGACAGACAGACAAAGAGACACACAGAGAGACAGACACAGACAGACAGACAGAGAGACAGACAGACAGAGAGAGAGAGACAAACAGAGACAGACACAGACAGACAGGCAGAUGGACAGGCAGACAGACAGAGAGACAGACAGACAGAGAAACAGAGACAGACGGACAGGCAGACAGACAGAGAGACUGACAUAUCUCUAUAUCCCUAUAUAUUAUAUAUUAUAUAUAUAUGCUCACCUCUAAUAUAAUUCUAUAUUUGCACCUUCUCCUUGGCUCUGCGUGAUUUAUUUUUGUUUUAAUCAAGAAAACCUAAACCAUGAAGUUCUGAUUUGUAUUUGUUUUGUAUUGAUACACACGCGCGUGUGUGUGUGUGUAUAUAUAUAUAUAGAAAGGCAUUUGUUCCCAUAACAUCCUGAACUAAACUAUUUUUUAAUCAUUUCUGUACAUCAAAAAAAAAAAAAAAAAGAAAUUGUGUACUGCAGUUAAACCUCCUUUUAACCCCUUACAUAGAGAUAGACAGAUAGAUAGAUAGAUAGAUAGACAGAUAGAUAGAGAGAUAGAGAGAUAGAUAGAUAGAUAGAUAGAGUCGUGUGCCCAUGUAUCCGAGCCCCUCCAGAUGCGUCACGGAUCUCCUUCAUCUACCCGCCUGCAUGAAAACACCUCUGGGUGUGAGAAUUUCAAUCUCCGCUCAGUAAUCAGGGAUAUAGAAACACACUCCUGUGUGAAAAUGUCAGACCGCUCUGUGCUUUAAUCAGGCGUCUUAAACCACUUCUAAAAAGUCUCCUGCGUUUUACCGUGUGUGGCUCUGUGUUCCUUUUCUCUUUACUGUUUUAAAUGAAUUGCAUGGGUGGCCUAUUAAAGGCAUCCAUUCAAUUAGACAAUCGCUACUAAUUUGCCGAGUUUUACCCCCAGAUUUUCAAUCCCAGCGGUUUGAUUUCAGACGCACAGGAAAUCAGAACUACAGAAGCAAUGGGGGGUGUUCUGAUAGAUUGGCACACGGCUGUAUUAUACAUAUAUAUAAUAUAGGAAGGUUUAAACAGAAAGGAACCACAGAUCGUUACAUCAUUCGCUGGAGAGUGAACGACAUUAGAUUUAAAGACAGCAAAAGCCUAUAAAUGCGUCCACUGUUUGUUUUCAAACACACUUUCCCCCAAAGACGCACAGACGUGUUCAAUAAAUCUUUCCUUUGUCUGUUUCUAGAUCUGAAAUAUACAAAAUGCAUUGGUAAAGCAACGCCACAGAAAAAGAGAAAGAUGAUUAUUAUUAUUAUUAUUAUUAUUAUUAUUAUUAUUAUUAUUAUUAUUAUUAUUAUUAUUAUUAUUAUUAUUAUUAUUAUUAUUAUUAUUAUUAUUAUUAUUAUUAUUAUUAUUACAGGUAUUCAGACACUCUCAAACUCACCCUGCAAAAAAAGUGCCUUGGACUUUGUACUGAUGGUAAUGAAGUAUCACAUAGUAAAAUACUAUACACAUAUUUUGCGUUAGAAUAAGGGGGAGGAAAAUGUAGUCCAAGCAGGAUACAGGACUACAUCCCCCAGAAUGCCUCGGGGUUGGAGGAAGCCAGGUGUUUCUGGGGGAUGUAGUCCUGUACCCUACUUGGACUACAUUUCCCAUCCCCUUACUCUAUAUGUGUAUAUAUACAUACACGAAGGCUUCACCUUAGAGUAAGAAUGAUAAACCAGGAUUUAAAUUUUAUAUUUUCUGUUUUCUUUCUAGUUACUCCUCUCCGAGUAACAGAGCUGCUAAUAAAGCCACUUUGUAUUCUG